UUGUUCAAGAGAAGGAUUCUUCCUGAGAGAGACUCUAGGAGGUGGAGUGGAUGAGUUGAACCUGAAACAGUAAAGAAAGAGUCGGAGAAAACACCUUGGCCUAAUUCACCUGAACCGGACUAAACACAGAAGACAACGAUUGCAAGAGCAAUGUCCGUCACAGAGCUCGUCCGGCCGGUUUUAAACCCCGUGAUUCCUUAUGCCGGUACUAUUUUUGGUGGUCUACAGCCGGGGGAAAUGGUGAUCAUUAAAGGCAGUGUUCCAAAGGAUUCCGAAAGAUUUCAGAUAGAUUUCCAGUGCGGGAGCAGCGUGAAGCCUCGUGCAGAUGUGUCUUUCCACUUCAACCCUCGCUUCAAGAGGUCUGGCUGUGUCGUCUGCAACACCCUGCAGCAGGAGUGCUGGGGCAGGGAGGAGAUCACCUAUGAGAUGCCCUUUAAGAAGGGAGAGCCCUUUGAGACCAUCAUACUGGUGCUGAGAGACUCUUUUAAGGUGGCAGUAAAUGGAAAACACUUACUGCAGUACAAGCACAGAGUGGACCUGGAGAGGGUUGACACGCUUGGAAUUAGUGGACAAGUGCAGAUUCAGGCAAUUGGAUUUGUUCCGAACACUACCUCCACUCCACCAGCAUCUACUGUGAUGAUCAAGGAAACUAAAGUGAAUGUACGGCCAAUUCUUUCUUCAACUCCUGAUCUUACUGUCCCCUAUAAGGGAAGACUACCUAACGGACUGAGUCCAGGACAGAACAUUACCGUCAGAGGCGAAGUCAGUGCAUAUCCACAUAGUUUUGCUGUUAACCUGAGCUCCAGUGACUCCAGUGACAUUGCCCUGCAUCUGAACUCCCGGAUGAAAAGUAACACCUUUGUUAGGAAUUCGUACCUCAAAGACAGCUGGGGUCCGGAAGAGACUUUGCUGCCAGAGUUCCCCUUCAUUGCUGGACAAUACUUCGAGAUGCUGAUCUGCUGUGAUCCCAACCACUUUAAAGUUGCAGUGAAUGGAGUGCACCUGCUGAAUUACAAACAUCGAGUCAAGGACCUGGCCAAGGUCAAUCAGCUGGAGAUCGUGGGCGAUGUCAAACUACUGGAUGUGAAAAUCUGGUGAACAAAACCACUGUGGUGCAGUAAAGAACACAGAGAGGGAUUCAGGUUCCACUGAAAGAAUGGAUUCUUCAGUAGAUUGUUUAUUUAUUUGUCUUAAAUGCAUGUUUUACAGUUGUAUGUUUCAGUACCUGUUCAGUUACAGGAGAAGUGGCCAAAGCUGGCCCUUCCAGUCCAGGUCUUUGUUCCAGCCCCGUUUUGAAAUUAUUAAAUUGAACCAGUGAAAUCUCCUUCAGACCCUAAGGUAGUUCCUGUUAAACCUGGAGUGGAAUGAAUGGCCCUCCAGGACCAGUAUUGCACACCCCUGCUUUACAUAAUACAGUUUAUUAAUCUGCAUUUAAUAUCUGCAUUUAAGGGCAACUUUUCUGAAUGCAAAUAAAAUGCUAUGUAGUAUAACGUAAAAUAGAACUACAGUAUAUGAUAGAACAUAUAUAAAUUAUAUCCUAAAUAAAUAAAGUCUGAUAAACUGAA